AUGAAUAAGAGAAGCGCCGAAACUGAGUCGCUGGAGGCAUACCCUGCCAAGCGACCGCACAAUGACACGCUCGACAGCACCUACCCGAUUAUAGACGCCGGCGAAGACGACAUCACGACUGCCGAGACGCCCAACUCCUUCGCAGGAGAUGUUGACUCCCCCCUGACCGUCGCCACGACACCACGGGCCCGGUUCCCCUCCGACCUGAAGACGCUGCCGUGCACCUGGCCCGGCUGCCCCAAGACCUUCAACCGACCGGCCCGACUACGAGACCACCUCAACUCCCACACGAACUCAAGGCCCUUCAAGUGCACCUACGAGGGCUGCGAUAAGGACUACAUAGAGGACAAGCACCUGAAGCAGCACAUCAAGGCGGUGCACACCAACGAGCGCAGCCACGUCUGCCCGCGCGAGGGCUGCGGCAAGACCUUCGUCACGGGCACCCGGCUGAAGCGGCACCAGGCCGUGCACGAGGGCGCCGACCGCUUCCGCUGCGCCGAGUGCGGCCAGAGCUUCCGCAAGAAGGAGACGCUGCACAAGCACGUCCUCAAGGCGCACCGCGGUGAGGCGCCGCACCAGUGCGCCGAGCCCGGCUGCGACGCCAAGUUCGAGUCCAAGGGGGCCCUCAAGCGGCACCACCAGCGCGUCCACGGCGAGCUCAAGUUUUGGUGCAGCGACUGCGCCGUGUCACCGGGCCCGGACGGGUCCGAGGAGAAGCACAUCGGCUUCACCACGCAGGCGCUGCUGCAGGCGCACAUGCGCGCCGAGCACCAGGACUGCAUGUUUUGCGAGUUCCGGUCGUCGUCGCAGGCCGAGAUGGUCGCCCACGUCGACGCGCGCCACUCGGGCAAGACGCUCGAGGACCGCCGGGCGCACGCGUGCGACCGCCCCGGCUGCGCCAAGAGCUUCACCAAGCGCUCCAACCUGCGCGCCCACCAGCGCAUCGCCCACGACGGCUUCCGCUUCGUCUGCGGCGAGGUCGACCUCGCCGGCGUGGCCGGCCUCGACGCGUGGCGCAACGCCGACGGCUGCGGCGACAAGUUCUGCACAAAGGUCCGCCUCGAGGACCACGUCCGCUACGUCCACCUGCGCCAGGAGCGGCCGGCCAAACCACCGCCCGCCGCGGCGCCUCCGCCCACCUCGGACGGCGAGGGCGCAACGGCGGAGGACCUGAUUGAGGAGCUCUCCGGCGUCCGCACGCAGAGCAAGAAGACCGUCGCCUGCCCUCACUGCCCGCAGGCGUUUGCUCGGUACUACGACCUCGAGCUGCACGUCGCCGCCACCCACGUGGUGGCCGCCCCGGAGGGGCUCUUUGCCGAGAGUGCCGAGGGUCUUGACCAGGGGCACUUCAUUGAGGCCGGCGGGAUGCUAGGCAGCGACGAUGGCGUCUUUGCUGCCGAGAUGCACUACGGCGCGCCGCGCGACGAGUGGCUGGACGACCAGUUGGGCAUCAUGAUGCUGGCGCGCGACUCGCCCGCGUUGGAAACCCCCAUUGAUCCUACGUUGGGCAGUGUAUAG